AUGUAUCUCAAACGGUUGAAGAACUCACUUCUUAAUUGCAUGCCUCACCAUCAAAAUACAGAAGACAAUCAGCAUGAAAAUGGCAUGACAUAUGACAACAGCUUGGAAUUAUCGCCCAUGUUAUCGACACCAACCACUCCCUCAUCUUCAACAACAACAAACAAAUUUACUUCUUCGAGUACAGCCGUCGCUUCACCAACAGCCGAUACAAGCAGCAGUACACAAGACAAUCUAAGUUUUGAGGACCAUGUAGCGUUGUGUGAAGGUUCGCGAGAGGAUCAUGAUUCCUCGAAUGACAUUACUCUCAAACAUAUUCACAUUCAAUGUUACAAGGGUAGAGAAAGCCAAGCUUUGUUUCAUCCCCACCCAACGAUCACGUAUCCUAAAACAGUUAAGAUUGAGUGGGUAUUUGAUGAUUGCAUUCGUCAACGUUUGAUUCACAAAAUGUUAAAGAAGAGCAUUGAACCACAAGAAGAAGGAAUUAAUUUUUCAGACAUUAGCAUAGUGGCCCGAUACGAUUCUUCUGAAUUGGAUUAUGACAAGAAGAAGGAAAACAGAGUAUUUACAAUAUCUCAGGAUGCAUGCUCGCUUAUACCAUGCAUUCAAAGAAGGAUAGAACCUUGCAAGCCACAGACCAUUGAGUUACAAAUACCUUUUUGCUUUCAUUUUGCGAUUGACUAUCCUGAAGAUUCUCCAUCGAGUCCUGUAGUUUCGACAGGGUCUUCAAGUUCGUAUCCAAAGGUUACACUGGAGGGAUGUGUUGUGUUUUCUUCUGAGGUGUUCCUCCAGCUGAUUAAGUGGUGUGAACAUUACAGCAAACAUAGAGAAUUUAUACAAAGUGAUUUGGAGGGAAAGGGUAUGGUAUAUUGUAGUAGUAGUGAAUCGUACUUUAGAUCCGUCAUUGGAGAAUGGAAUUGGAACUUUUUAAAUUCGUUGAGCAAGAAUCUACUUCUUCAAUGUUUAAUCAUGUCACAUAUUUUGUCCAUUCACACCUUGUUGGUGAUGUUUAAAACUAAGAUCAUGUUCGAUGUAAAACAAAAGUGCCGAGAGAAGAAUGUGAGCAUAUUAAACUCUCAACAACAAGGUUCCACACAAGCUCAAUCGUCUUAUUGGACGACACCAACAAAUACCAAAAUUCAAUUUUUGAACUAUUUUGUACAGGAUUCUCAAAAGGUGAAUGCAAUUUUUCAUCCUCAUCAACAUGUAAAUUACCAAAAGGUAGCAACAUCAGCAAGGAAAAGAAUCACUAACCAUGUACGAUCUAAUAGCUACGAUAAAAUCAGAGGUCUCACCGGCAAUAAUAGGAGCAAUGUGACGAGUAUGAGACAUGAUGCCAGUGCAGCCGCAUCUGCCUCCACUUCCACAUCCAACGUUGUAUCCUCCUCAAGCAACAACAACCAUACAACUUCAAGCCAUAGUACUAAGGAAGAACCACAUAUUAUUGCAACACUAGGAAAUUCAAAAGAUGGUUUCAUUCACUUUCUCAGGAUUAAAUAG